CAGGUACCUUCUUAUCCCAUAACUUGUGUCCUGAAAUCUGAGAAUUCCAUGCAGAUAAUAUGAUAGGAACUUUCAGUGAUUUGGAGGCAUAUCCUACUUAGCCUAAUGUGGGCCUUCUAGCUUUCCUGAGAGCAAACACACAGUGGUUGCUAAUCGGCACAGAGAAUAAUGCCAUCUCUGCCUCAAGAAAGAGUUAUUCAGGGACCCUCUCCCCUGGAUCUGAAUACAGAAUUGCCUUAUCAAAGCACAAUGAAAAGGAAAGUCAGAAAGAAGAAAAAGAAAGGAACCAUUACAGCAAAUGUUGCUGGGACAAAGUUUGAAAUUGUUCGUUUAGUAAUAGAUGAAAUGGGGUUUAUGAAAACUCCAGAUGAGGAUGAAACAAGUAACCUUAUAUGGUGUGACUCUGCGGUUCAGCAGGAAAAGAUUGCAGAGCUGCAAAAUUACCAGAGGAUCAACCAUUUUCCAGGAAUGGGGGAGAUCUGUAGGAAGGAUUUCUUAGCAAGAAAUAUGACCAAAAUGAUCAAGUCCCGGCCUCUGGAUUAUACCUUUGUUCCUCGAACAUGGAUCUUCCCUGCAGAAUAUACGCAAUUCCAGAACUAUAUGAAAGAAUUGAAGAAAAAAAGAAAGCAGAAGACUUUUAUAGUGAAACCAGCUAAUGGUGCAAUGGGUCAUGGGAUUUCUUUGAUAAGAAAUGGUGACAAACUUCCAUCUCAGGAUCACUUGAUUGUUCAAGAAUACAUUGAAAAGCCUUUCCUGAUGGAAGGUUACAAGUUUGAUUUACGAAUUUAUAUUCUGGUAACAUCGUGUGAUCCACUAAAAAUAUUUCUCUACCAUGAUGGACUUGUGCGAAUGGGAACAGAGAAAUACAUUCCACCUAAUGAGUCCAAUUUGACCCAGUUAUACAUGCAUCUGACAAACUACUCUGUGAACAAGCACAAUGAGCGUUUUGAAAGGGAUGAAACUGAAAACAAAGGCAGCAAACGUUCCAUCAAAUGGUUUACGGAAUUCCUACAAGCAAAUCAACAUGAUGUUGCUAAGUUUUGGAGUGAUAUUUCAGAAUUGGUGGUCAAGACUCUGAUUGUAGCAGAGCCUCACGUCCUGCAUGCAUAUCGAAUGUGCAGACCUGGUCAACCGCCAGGAAGUGAAAGUGUCUGCUUUGAAGUCCUGGGAUUUGAUAUUUUGUUGGAUAGAAAACUAAAGCCAUGGCUUCUGGAGAUCAAUCGAGCUCCAAGUUUUGGAACUGACCAGAAAAUAGACUAUGAUGUAAAAAGGGGAGUGCUGCUAAAUGCACUGAAACUACUAAACAUCAGAACCAGUGAUAAAAGGAGAAACUUGGCCAAACAAAAAGCUGAGGCUCAAAGGAGACUUUAUGGUCAAAAUUCAAUAAAAAGGCUCUUACCAGGUUCCUCAGACUGGGAACAGCAGAGACACCAGCUGGAGAGGCGGAAAGAAGAGUUGAAAGAGAGACUUGCUCAAGUACGAAAGCAGAUCUUGAAAGAAGAACAUGAAAAUCGACAUAUGGGGAAUUAUAGACGAAUUUAUCCUCCUGAAGAUAAAACACUACUUGAAAAGUAUGAAAAUUUGUUGGCUGUUGCCUUUCAGACCUUCCUUUCGGGAAGAGCAGCUUCAUUCCAGCGAGAGCUGAAUAAUCCUUUGAAAAGGAUGAAGGAGGAAGAUAUUUUGGAUCUUCUGGAGCAAUGUGAAAUUGAUGAUGAAAAGCUGAUGGGCAAAAUUGCCAGGCCUCGAGGACCCAAGCCUCUGUCUUCCAUGCCCGAGAGUACUGAGAUAAUGAAACGACAGAAGUACUGCAGCAGCGACAGCAGCUAUGACAGUAGCAGCAGCUCUUCAGAAUCAGAUGGAAAUGAGAAGGAAGAAUACCAAACUAAGAGAGGAGAAAAGCAAGUUACAUAUAAUCUUAAACAGUCCAGCCACUACAAAUUAAUUCAACAAUCCAGCUCCAUCAGGCGUUCAGUCAGUUGCCCUCGGUCCAUCUCUUCUCAAUCACCGUCCAGUGUGGACAACCGCCCCUUCUCUGCUCAACAACUGAUAGCAUCCCGGCCAAUGUCAGGGUCUCGGUCACACUCUUUAAACCGUGCUUCCUCCUACAUGAGGCAUCUGCCUCACAGUAAUGAUGACAGCUCCACUGACUCUCAGAUGAGUGAGUCUUUGCGGCAACUGAGAACAAAAGAACAAGAAGACGAUCUAACAAGUCAGACCUUGUUUGUUCUCAAGGACAUGAAGAUCCGGUUUCCAGGAAAAUCAGAUGCAGAAUCCCUGCUUCUGAUAGAAGAUAUCAUUGAUAACUGGAAGUAUCAUAAAACAAAAGUGGCUUCAUACUGGCUCAUAAAAUUGGACUCUGUAAAACAACGAAAAGUCUUGGACAUAGUGAAAACAAGUAUUCGUACAAUUCUUCCACACAUCUGGAAGGUACCUGAUGUUGAGGAAGUUAAUUUAUAUCGGAUUUUCAACCGGGUUUUUAAUCGCUUACUCUGGAGUCAUGGCCAAGGACUGUGGAACUGUUUCUGUGAUUCAGGAUCCUCGUGGGAGAGUAUUUUCAGUAAAAGCCCAGAGGUGGUGACUCCUUUGCAGCUCCAGUGUUGCCAGCGCCUGGUCGAGCUCUGUAAACAGUGCCUGCUAGUGGUUUACAAAUACGCAGCUGACACAAGAGGAUCACUCUCCGGCAUUGGUACCGAUUGGGGUAAUUCCAGGUAUUUACUACCAGGGAGUACACAAUUCUUCAUGAGAACACCAACCUACAACUUGAAAUACAGUUCACCUGGAAUGACUCGCUCCAACGUUUUGUUUACAUCCCGAUAUGGCCAUUUGUGAAACAGAAAGGGAAGAUCGCCAUGGGUUAUGCAUAAUAGCAAUUCAUUUUUCCCCCAAUUUAAACAUGCAAAGAAAGUGACCAUUAAGUGCUGUUUUAUGUAUAUAUGACAUGUAUAUGUGUGAAAUAUAUUCACACAUGCACUCAAAUAACAUAUAUAUUUAUUAUAAUAUAUGAGAGAAGAAUUAGCAGAAAACUGGAUAUAAGACUUAACCUUUCUGGAAAUGUAAUAAACCAUGUUAAAAUUGUUUACACAAA